AUGUUCAAAAUAUAAUAAUUGUUUGAGGAGAAUGGGAUUCCUUUUGAAACAAAAUUAGACCCAAGAAAUUAUAGGAAAAUUUUAGAUAAACAAUUCACUCAACUAAUAUAAUAAUAAGAGAAUGAAUAAGUAAAAUAUUGAAAUUGAAUUUACAAGAUUAAUUUAGAAGAGGUUCUACAAGAAUAGAUUUAGUUAAAAUAAUAAUUAGCUGAGUUAAUUAGAAAAGUGCAUUCAAGUGGGAAACCCAGAAAAAAGAAUGCUAAUAAAAUAAAAUAAAGAAAAUACGAAAUUAAGACAUGCGAAGCAUAAAUCGAAUAGAUUGAUUAAUAAUUGAAGGAAAGGUAACAUUAGAAGCAGUCUACAUAAGAGGAAGUUGAAUUGCUCGGUAAUAAGAUAAUGGAGAUUAAAGAAGAAGCAAGUAUACAAUUUAUUCAAAUUUUUGUUAAGAUGAAUGUAGAGAAGAAUUAUAAAGAGCAACAGCCACAGUUUAGGAGUUAUCAUAAUCAUACUAAAAAUUAGUUAAUUAAAGCAAUCAAAUAAGAAAUAUAUAUUUGAAUUUAUAAUAGGAAAUUAAAGCUAGUUAACAAAAGCAAAACUAAUUAUAAGCUGCAAGUGUCCAUUAUGAAUAAGAAUUUGAGAAACUAUGUAAGGAAUAAUAAAGACUUGAUCCUAAGUUAUUAUAAAAACAAUAAAAAUUAGAAGAAUUGGAACAACUCAAAAAUAAAUUAGACUUGGAAUUGUCACAGAAGAACAAUGAAUUACAAUAAUCAAGAUCAUAAUUAAAAGAGUUUGAAGACGAGUUGAAUAAGACUAAAAGCUAUGAUAAAUUAAUCAAAUCUGAAGUGAAGGCAUAGGAAUCCUUAUAAAUGGAAAGAAAGUUGCUUCUUGAUGAAUUUUAGCGUAUAUGCUCCAUAAGUGGAAUCGAUUAAUUGGCUUAAUAAUCCGAUGAAGGAAUUAUGAAUGAAUUAGAUUAGAAAAUUUAAUAAAACUAAGAUACAAUCGAAUCCUAAGAAAAAAUGCUUGAUGGAUUAUAGAGUGAAAUAAAGUAAGAUUGAUUCUCUUAUAAUAGUGUACUUAUGGAAAAGGAGGAAACCUUUACCAUCAGAAGAAAUGAACUCCUCAAUAGAUAUCAUGGGUUAGAAAAGUAAAUGGAUGAUUUGGCUAAAAAAUAUGCAUAGUUUGAUAAAUGA